AGGAAGCCAGUCAGUCGGCCGGCGAAAGAGCUAGUCCGGGGAUUUAAAGGCGCGCCUCGUCGUCGUCUCCGAGGACAGGGGGGAAAACAAAAAAGGAAGGCGUGCGUGUGCGGGAGAAGGCGAGGUGUAUACAUUGUCGUGGCUCGUAUGGAGAUCUCGUCGCUUUGUACAAGUAGCCGAGAGGAGUUGCACGCACUUCCCUGUUCUCCGGGAGGUGCUCCUCCCGGGAAUUUGUCGUGGAGUGUCUUGUUUGCAGUACAUCUGCAGCAGCCCGUAUUUUUGCGUGUGGGCCGACUUUUAGGCUAUGGGUUGUCAUGCUUGCACGGAUAAUUCGAGCUCAUAGGAAUUAAGAGUGAGAGAGAAAGAGAGAGAGGCAGCAAGGAGCAUUGAAAACAGCAAGAGGUUCGUCAACGGUUCAUCAUGAGCGACGGCGAGGAGGUUUUCAGGCCCCUUCUCGCAUCCACCACCAUCCAACUCCUGCUCUUCGUGUCCAGCUGCGUCAGCUGAUCCAGGGGGGCAUCGAUAAAUUCCAUCACUGGCCCCUGCAGUCUAACCGAUCCAGUGAGUCGUCCUGGCUCUCCACUCUGGGGCCUUUCAAUAAUUUUUUUAGAAGCCUGCAAGCUUGCAGAUCUGCCAAAGUUAGUUGCUGUACGGAAAUCAAAGAAAAAUGGGUAACAAAAGCAGUUGCUGCUCCUACUCUAGUCCACAAAUGGGACGUAAGGAGCAUGCAAAUGACAUUGGCGUGAGAGGUCUUGAAGAUCAUCUUCCAGAGGGUGAGAUCAGUAUCAACAAUCUUCAGCAUAUAAGCGAAAGAGAGCCUGAAGAUUGGGAUUCCGAUCCGUCCUUACAUCCCUGUGCUGGUACUAUUUUCAUGGAGCGUUCCAAAAAAGCUAUUGAAAAUGGAUUAGUUAGGAAAAAAAGUCAAUACCAAAUAGCAGAGACAAGGCCUCUUAAAAAGAGUAGUAGCUGUAGUACAAUAUACCUAGAUGACAGUACAGUUUCUCAGCCUAAUUUAAAAAAUACCGUCAAGUGUGUAGCUCUAGCCGUGUAUUAUAAUAUUAAAAAUAGAUCGUCCAACAGGCAACUCGAAAUAUUUGAUGAAAAAUUACAUCCGUUGACACGUGAUGGAGUGUCUGAGGAUUACGAUAAGCACAAUCCAGAGCAUAAACAGAUUUAUAAAUUUGUAAGAACUCUUUUCAACGCUGCACAACUUACGGCUGAAUGUGCCAUUAUAACGCUAGUUUAUCUUGAGCGCUUGCUCACAUAUGCAGAACUAGAUAUAACCCCAGCCAAUUGGAAGAGAAUUGUUCUGGGAGCAAUCCUCUUGGCUUCAAAAGUAUGGGAUGAUCAGGCUGUAUGGAAUGUUGACUAUUGUCAGAUAUUAAAAGACAUCACAGUGGAAGAUAUGAAUGAGUUGGAAAGACAAUUUUUGGAAAUGCUUCAGUUUAAUAUAAAUGUUCCUUCGAGUGUAUAUGCCAAAUAUUAUUUUGACUUACGCACGCUUGCCGAAGCAAACGAGUUGACAUUCCCCAGUGAGCCGUUGAGUAAAGAUAAGGCGCAAAAGCUCGAGGCGAUGUCUAGAAUUUACGAGGACAAAGUAAUGGCUGACGUUUUACGGAAUGGUAUUAAGAAGUGGUCUAGUUUAGACAACGUGUGCAUAGGAGGGCACAGGCGUAGUAUAGCUAUUUUAUCUUAAAGUAAAGAGAAACUGUUAUACAAAUCAAAAGCAAACGUUGUUUUUGUCUCUCACAAAAAGGUAUGUCCGCAAUACUAAUCAAGUAAUGUAUAUAGCCGUUAGAAAUGACGGUACGGAUAUUUGUUAUGACUGAAAAAUGGCGUAAUCAAAUUUAUUAUAGUGUGAAAUUUUGCAUAAGCAAGAUUAUUAAUUAUUGUGUGAUUUAUGUUUUUUUUUUUUUUUUUAUGUGCUAUUUAUUAUUUUUAUUUUAUUAGAAAAUAUUUAUUUAAGAUUUCGAAACUAUAUACACUGAAAAUUCGAUACAGUUUUAUGUUUUACAAAGAUUUCAAAUCAUGUUACAUUGAAAAUUUUUACAAAAAUAUUUUAAAACUCUGAUAUCGUAUUUUUUUUCGAGUCAAGUUUUUAGUUGUUAAAUUUUACAAAUACGAUUGAAGAAUAAGGAUUCGUAUGAAUGUUCAGGCUGAAUUGAAACAUUUUUUAAUGUGAGAACUGAGUAGCAUUCUUGUGUAUGUCGAAAAGUAUUGGUUCUUGCAUAGUUUGUUUGUGCUAGGGCGGUUUGGGAACAAGCUAGUUUCAAGGUGUAAAUCAAAUUUUAUUCCUAACUUUUCCUUUGUGCAACCUUAAUGACUGAAUCAAACAAACUUGAGUGUGAUAAUUGUAGAUUAUACUCAGUCACAGGGUCUCAACAGAAAUCAAAAAUUGUCAAAAUUUCUUACUUUCUAUAAACUGUUUUUUUUUUUUUUUUAAUUUUUUUUUUUUUUAUAAAGCAUUAAAUAACCCGAGUGAAACUUAUACAAAAGUGCCAAUACUAAUCGAGUAAUUGUACUAAAAACAAUUCAUCGAUUAAGUUUGCAGUGUCACAAAGAAUAAAAUCGACAAAGCAGUCAACAAAAUUAUCAUAGCGCAUCAAUUAAACCGAUUUAUUUUUAUAUUCCCAUAUGACGUAUAAUACAUACAAUAUUUCCAGAGCUGCAACACAUGCUUGAUUCCACACACAUAGUUCCUUGACUUUCUUCAUUUUUUACUACUCUCAAACAAAAAAUAAAUAUGUAAACGAAACGAAAAACAUCCUCAAAAUGAAAGUGCAAAAAGAGAAAUUUAAAGGACACCAAGCUAAAUGAUAAGUGAGAUGCAUGAAUGACGUUAUGUUGAUCAAAGUGUAAGUCAAAGCGACAUUUGAGGUGUACGUAGAAUUUUCACGCAUAAAUCUAUUUUUUUAUCUACAGUUAUAAUAAAAGUAUAAGAAAAUUAAUAAAAAAGUUUAAGGAGAUCAUUUUUAAGACAAUCUAGAGUCCCGAUUGCGUCCUGUAUAAAAUACGCCGUUGUCGUUGUUCCAAAACAACGAAUAAUUUCUCUCUUAGGCCGUAUAUUUCAUAGCGUAUGCUUAUUCCGUUUCUGUUCCGAUUUAUUUUUUAUUCAUGUAAAAUUAAUUUGAUGCAUAUAUACUUUCAAUUUUUUUUAUCCUGUAAAAAUAUAUUCAGCUUUAUAAAUUUUGAGCUAAUUUAUUUUUUAUAACAGGUAAUCUGAAAUAUUUGACAUAAUAACAUUUUAGCAAGGCUUAUCCUAUGUAAACUGAUAACUAAAUGUAACAUACCAUAGCAUUUUCAGUUUAUUUUUUAGUAUUAAAAUUUCCAUCCAAUUGGGAGUGAUUAUCCAGAAUUUUUGAUACAUGUAACAAAUACAUAUCUUUUUAAGUUGAUUUAGAGAAAAAUUAUUUGAAACAUCAGAUUUUUUGAAGCAUUUCGUUUGUUACGAAAUUUUUUUACAAAUAGUCUUUAGUUAAAUAAAGAAAGACAUAAGUUCCUUGUGCCGUAUGUAUGUUAAACUUUCCAUAAAUUUUUUUAUCACUCAUUUUUCUCAUGAAUGAAAUCAUAAUUUUAUUCAAGUUUCCUAUUGGACUCCUAGUAUCAAAUAAAGUGUUUAAUCACUCAGUGAUUGAUUAAUUCAAUACAUAUGAGUACUGAUCAAAUGCACCAUCAUAAAAAAUAAAGGCUUAUCUUACAAUUUUUUUAACAAAACCAUAGCUAGGUAGUCUUAUACAUAAAAUGAAAAAAAUUAUAUGAUUCUAAAAAACUUAUGAUCUUGUGGGCGAUGUGCUUCGCGAUUUUUUAAUAGGUACCGCACGUGUAUUUUUUUUAAAGUGAACACGAGUAACCACGGUUUUUUAAAUUUAUGUAACCAUUAUAAUUAUAAUGUCGUUCGUUUAAAUUUUUUGAUUGUUUAAAGGCUGCAGUAACUCCAUGUCGUGACCAUAAAAUUUUCAUUUUGCAACAUUUCAAAUUCCAAAACAAUAUAGAAAAGUCUGACAGUAAAAAUUUCGACUCGUAGCUAUCCGAGUUAGAUAAAAAAUUAACAAACCACGU